GACAACUGUGCGUUACGGAAGCAAAGCCCAGCCCGCAUUUCUGGUUGACGUUGUAUUGCUGAAGUUGUAGAGGAGAAUCGAACCACGGCAAAGCUGACAACUGAAGAGACAAAUCUGCAGGCCACACACACACACAGACACGAACACCUAUACACACUCCCACGAAAGAACUCAUCACAAGCAACCGAGACAGAGGUGGAAGCGUUACCGAUGAAUUUGACGAACUCUAUCGCCUCCUCUGACGCUGGUGCACCCGACUCCGCAGCGGCCCCGUCCAUGCCGUUUCCUUUCUCCUUUAACAGUUUCAUGGAAAACCUUCACGGGUGGUCCACAGACACGACAGCCGGUGAGACCUCAGUGGGGUUUUCGGCCAACAACCCACACGCAGCUGCCGGACCUCACGAAGGUGACAAGGCCAGAUGCGCCUCACCGGAGGAGGACAGCGGGCUCGGCUUCUUGUUUCACAUGAGCGACCCUGCGGCUCCUGCCGCCGCGAGUAACACAGAAGAUGCGCUCCGUUCGUUUUUCCCACCGGCGACGUCAGAGGCCGCGGCCAACGAGGCGGACAACUUCAACUUUGAUUUCGCCUCCUUCUUUCUGAGUCGGGGAGAGGGAAGCGGAGAUGAUGGGGCGAAGGAGAAGAGGGAGACGCACACGCGUGUGUUUGGUCAAGACAGCGCGCAAACUGGGCCCGAAUCGCGCCUGCCACCUUCACCCCCGCAAAACCCGACGGAGCAGGUCCAUCAAGUCAGCGGGUUCACAGAGAGCGACAGUGCUUCUCGCACUGCGAAUACAACGCCAGACGCACCAAGAGGGCCGAGGACUACGAGCCGUUCCAACCACAACGCCACACCAUCCACGUCUCUGUGCAAUCAGACAACAGUGAACACAGGGCCACUCAACUUUAACUUACCUCCUACGGCACACACAGUCGAGGCUGCACAGGCGGAGAGUCAUAAAGGCAAUGGGCAAGGACCGAAUGUGUUGCCGCGGAAUUCGAAAGGACCCUUCUUUUCAGAGCUCUCUCUCUCCGCAGCGCUCGCCGCCGCCUCCGCUGCCCCCGAGUACGCAGCUCCACACACCAGCACGCCGCCGCAAGAGGCGUCAAAGGUGGCGGAGGCGGUGACCGUGGAAGUCUGUCAAGCGAACGAAGACGGUGACCACAACCGCUGCAACGUUGAGAGCCGGGACGGCGUUCCUCUGGCGGGCACCAAUAGCGCGGGCGAGGAUAAUGUGCAGGGUCUAGACGAGAACGAAGAAGACAAGAGCGAGGCGACUCUUCAGGGAGCAUCUGCAGAGGCGAUUGGAAAAGAUGACGAUGAGGAGGUUGGACAUGUUUCUGCGACAGCCGCCGCCGUUGCCCAUGAUGCAGCAACCACGACGUCUGGCAUUCAACAGCCGUCAGCGCCGGCGCCAAUGACGCGAAAAGCUGCCGUCCGUGAGAUGGAGACGCACCGCGCUCCAACAGAGAACGCAUUUCCUUCGAAGACGGUGCUACCUCGGCAGUCUCCGCGCGGAGAGCGCAAAAUGCCGCCCACCGGUGCGGCGCAAGAGGGCAGUCCUUCCGCCGCUGCGUCCCACGCGGUGCUGGCGGACCUGAUCUCGGAGGCCCAACGUGUGUGCGCUCGUGCUGCCGAAGUCGAGACGGCGUCCCGUCAACACCUUUUUCCUUCUUCGUCUGCUCCACCUCGUGCUUGCGCAUCUCACCAUCCACGAAGCGAGAACACGUCUGCCCCCUCUCCUUCUUCUUGCUCUCCCCAUGAGAGCAGCUGCGAAGACGUCGCAGCGACUCCUGUGCUCACCGCAGCGGCAGGAUCGAACGCGCACGACGCGGUGGGCGCCUCAGAUGCCGUUUUCUUCGCGGAGGUCGCACAGUUGCAGAAGCAGUCGGCUCGACUCUCCGAAGAGACGGCGAAGUCGGCGGCGGUGUUUCAGUCGCAGACAGGGGACCUCCUGCGUUUGUUGGGCCCGCACACAGGGCUGGCCGGCUUUCUGGGAGAGGCGUACGCCGCGACACCGGUGGUGCAUUUGGCACCUUUUCUCAUCUCCUUAUUAGAGGGGCUGCUGCAGGACGACACAGACGCAGAAGACGACGACGAGGCUCCAGAAAAUGAAGCUGAGCUGUGCCCUUCAACUUUGAAUGUGCCCGAUAAGGGGGUGCGGCAAAUGUGA